UAACUUCAAGGAGGGUUGAUCAAACGGGUACCUCGCCGUGCUACAUAUGCGUUUGCAACCAACCUGAGCAGUACUUGCGCACUGCUCCAUCACAGAGACUUUCAAAGCGAUCUGUGCCUUUGAAUCAGCUCGUCAUGAGGUCUGCUCAAGCGACGGUUGCAGUGCUGCUACUCAUUGCAACUGUUCUGGGCUGCACAAUGCCUCGCUCGGACGCGGCGAGGGUGAUGGGAUACGAGAAGAAUCUGAAGAGCUUGUUGCCAGGGUGCUCUCCUCCUCCAGCACCCGUGGAUACGCCUUACACGCCGUCCACUCCGACAACAUCGACUCCUGUCUACACUCCGACGACUCCCGCCACUCCGUCUGAUUCGUCCCCCGUGUACACCCCGCCCACAGUGUCGUAUCCUCCGCCUGCAGGCGGAUACUAGCAACUGAUCAGAGCUUGUUGUUUCCCAAGAUUGGAGUUAUGAGGUGCAAGCUUUUGGAUUCUCGGACUGAGCUCAAGAUGCUGUCGAUGAGCUCCUCGUCGGCUCAGUCUAGGUGUUUUGUGAGUUGCUUGCGACUCGGUUCAUGUUGCUUAUGGUCGCAAUUGUCGAUGUAGUUCUACUUGUGCAUCGACCUUUUUUUUAAUAGAAUAUUUUUGCAUUCA